AUGAACUCCUCCAGUGUAGUGGGAGUGCAGCCGCUGAAUGUGGCUGCACCAUCCGUGUGGCGCGAAGUGGGAGAAGUAGAAGCAUCAGCAGAGAUAACAGUUUUAACAACAGUGAAAGCAGCAGAGGGCGCAACAGCAUCGGACAGCGCAGCAGCCGCAGCAAACAGAAUAGUGCUGCUUAAGAGAUUAAAAGGCUUGCAGCAUGGGGUGUGUAGUGACGGGGGGAGCGCAGGCAGAGGCAGUGGCGGUUGGUGGUCAUUCGGGCUCGAUUGGGACGCAACGGUGCCGUUGCUGCGUUAUUUUCUAUCUUUUCUGCCGUUCUUGUUGCUCCUGUUUUCUUCCUUGUUGCUUUUGCUCACGUCGCGCAGCAGCAACAGCGGCACGGUUGCGGCUGCUACUGAAGCUGCAAAAACAGUGUCACAGGCUCGGGGCAGCAAUAGUGAUGCUGCAUAUGCUGGCUUGCUGCUGUUGCUGCCUGCCUCCUGCAGCAAGGAAGGUAAACACAACGGGAAGCGAAGUGUUAUGCUCCUGCUGUUGAUCAUAGCAACGGCUGCUGCUGCAGCGACCCUUGCAGCAGUUGCAGCAGACAGUCUGAAGGCAGCGGGCUGCGAGGCCCCUCUGGCUUUUGAGGCAUUCUCGGGCCUACAGCAAGAACAACAGCAGGGAGGGCGAUUACAGAGAGGUCUCUUUGGCCUUCUUGAAGGACUGCGGCAGCUCCCCACACACUGGGAAUCUGCGGCGCCUGCUGCUAUUGCAGCGGCGCGGGGAUACGCGUAUCCUGCUGCACCAGAUGUAGCAAGUGCUGCUCCCGCUGUCUCUACUGGUGCGUCGGAUGUGGAAGUACUGCUUCAGGAGGGUGCAACAGCAGCAAAGCAACUGAAAAAGAGCUGGCUUGGUGCUCAGUAUGUGCUGUUGCUUCAGACAGAACCAGAAGUGCCGCCGCAGCAGGAGAAUCAGCAACCGCUGCUGCUCCUGCAGGGCGAGAGUCUCUGGCGACGGUCAAAGCGCUUCCUUUCCUCGCUGCGGUCGUUGUGCCGUUUGAACGGGUGCAAGGGCAGCACAGAUGGCAGCAGCAGCAACAGCAACAAUAUUUCCGCAGAUGCGAGCAUCCAGCGCAACGGGAGCGCGCACGGUGCACUUGAAAGAUUUUCUUUCACACCUAUCCCAGUUCAAGCUCGAAGCGGUUCAGACACAACUAGUCUCCGAGAGGAGGAGCAGCAGCUCGCGUUUCCUUUUGGCAAGCAGCAGCAGGGGCUGCUACGCUGCAUGCGAGCAGAGGAACUUGCUGCAGCAGCGUCGGCAGUUGGGGAUGCGCUGGACUCGGCGCUCAAGCAUCACGUGUUAAUGCGGCAAUUUGUUGAUUCAGCACUAGAGCCGCAUCAGUUGAUGCAGCAGAGAACGCACUUACUGCAAUUGCAGCAGGACGUAGAAAAUGCUUUGGUACAUGGACUGCCCCAGCUGUGGAAAUUUGUGAGGCUGUUGCUGCAAGCCAGCAGCAGAAGCGUGGAGGAACUGCUGCGGGAGAUGCCGCUGCUGCUGCUAGCUGCAUUGGUCGUGGCUGCUGCAGCAGCAGGAGCGUCUUUUGUGAGACAACUCGCUGCUGAACAACCGGCGAUGCUCCCACGCUAUUUCCCGCUAGGGAACGAGACGCUUGAGGGAAUGCUGCUGCGCAGCAUGCAGCAGUAUCGCGAUCCCAUGGAGGGUCAACAACAGGAACACAGUGUUGCGCUGCUUCAAAUUCCCAAGACCCAGGAGCUUGAACAAGUGGUGGGAACGCUAAGCAGCAGCAGCAGCAGCAGCAGAGCCUUAUGGGACAACAUCUCCACGCUUCAGCUACACCUUGAAGGGCAAGCUGGCGCUGACUGCUGGGGUCCCCUUCCCCAAGGUUGCGUCAAUCCGGAGCCCUUUCAGAGGCAGCGGACCGCAGGAGCAGCAUCGGCCGCUGCUGCUGCUGCUGCAGCGGCAGCAGCAGCAGCUAGAGCCGCUGCAAAGGCCAUACAGAAGCAGCUUAAUCUACUGUUUCCGCGACGGCUUAGUAAGCCGCAGCAGGCGCAGCUACUCCAUCAGCCCCCGGUUCUCUGCUACUUCGUGUCUCAAGAAGUAGAUGACAAGGAUCUCCUAAACAGAUUUGGACUUUAUAUCUCCCCCAAGGCCACCGCCCGCCUUCUGUCAAUAUUUUCCCUCGCACGCCGUAUCGAUGCGGCUCAUGCGUUUAUAGAAGAACGCAAUAAAGCGGGUAUGCUUCUUCUGAAGCAGGCAUCUGCAGGUGUAGAGGCCGUGGAAUUGUCGGUGCAGCGCACUAUGGGAGUUGCAGAGCUUCUGAGACCCCUUGCGCAUCAACAGCGGCAAUUAGAGCAGGUUAGUUGCACCGGUUUGAUGCAGCGUUAUGAGACAUUGGUGCUUCUAGGAGCUUUGCGAGAAUGCGAAGCUCGGCGAGUACAGCAGCUGCAAGAGGACAUCCGAAGAGUAUAUCUUGAAAAAGACGACUUAAGGCGGAAGUGUUUCACAAGACCACAGCUAACCAUAUCGGCAACCCUUCAUCAAACAAAUGCAACUUCGCUCGCUUUCAAAGAAGACCCAGCAGGAGGGAAACCCAUACCGCAGGCGUCAGGCCCCCUGGAGAGCUCGUACCAUUCAUUUACGGGAGGUCUGCUCGACAUGACGAGUCACAGGAACCUUCCUGGGCGUCCUGUAAGCGUCCUGCGUCGCGGCGUGAAUUUACAGUUGCCUCUUUUGCUGAGCCACGAACCUGCAAAGAAACGAGCAGCGGGGCCUUUGGUUGGAAAACCCAGCGACAAUCUGAUCCCGGAAGUGAAGGCCUUAAAGAGACAAGAUUGUGGUGACAGUUGUGGUGCGCCUUUGGGGAUUAUACAUGCCCGGAGUUCUCCGUAUUACUGGGAAGAUGACGGUCUCUCCUACCGUCAGCAACUCAUGAAAAUUCCAAUGGCUGUUUUGGGAGGGCCAAUGUGCAUUAAAUUCCAUGGAAGUUAUCCUAUUUCCGUGCGGCCGACAAGACGGGACUUGCAAGAACCGGGAAGUCUGAAGACCUAUCCACAUAGAGCCGCAUGGCUAGCAGCAAAAUGGUUGACGUCUUUGGACGUUGUGCCCGCCACCGGCCGCGAGGCAAACGAGCGUUCGUGGAGGCGAAAUGAGGAUGAGGACGAUGAUUUCCUCGCUUUCAUCGAGACGUUGCUGGACGACCCAGCAAGCAGAAAGCGUAGAGUGCACGCACUUUAG